UAUUUUUAGGCCUACCCACUCCUCUUCCUAGCGAGAGUGCAGCCCGGGUGAGUGCAGGUUCUUUGCUGUAGCCGUUUUGAGAUUACAUAGGCAUAAAUGAAUAAAGUAUAGGAGAUUAGGUUGAAGUCAUAUUGUAUCCUAGGCACCCUGCAAUGGAGCGAAACGGGAUGGAAGUAGAAAAAAAAUGUACUGUAGAACUAAAUUUCUAUGAUGAGUGACAACAUAUGGGGUAAAUAACCAAUGUCACAUGAUAUGAAAUCCACCAUUCAAAUGACAAGGAUCUAUUUAGACACACAAGAGUAAUGGCAGCCAACAUUUGCCUUCAAACAACAGUGAUUGGGAGCUAUCCUAAACCGGCAUACAUGAAGCUUACUGAUUGGUUUAAAGACAACAGUGUAAAAAGAGUUACUAAAGAUUAUAGUGCAAUGAUAGCUGAAAAAGGAAUGAAUGAGCUUAUUGACAAAGCUGAGGAUGAAGUUUUGAGAGAACAAGUCGGCCUAGGGAUCAACAUUAUUACGGAUGGAGAAAUUCGGAGAGAAAAUUACAUGUAUUAUCUACUUCGCCAUUUGAAAGGUUUUGACUUCUUCAACCUAACGGACAACCAUCCAAUGCGGAACCCCAAGUACGUUCAUAGUGUUCCUACUAUCGUCAAGUACACAAUUCCCGGACCAAUGACCAUUAUUGAGAGUACCAGUAAUAAGUUUUAUUCUGAUGUGGAGAAACUGAGUGAAGCAAUUGUAUUAAUUCUUAAGAAAGUAAUAAAGGAGCUUGUUAAAGCAGGAUGCAAGCAUAUACAAAUCGAUGAACCAUUGUUUGCUCGAAUUCCUGCAAGAGCAAUAGAUUAUGGCAUCAGGCAUGCCGCAUCGUGCUUCCAAGAUGUUGGCUCAGACGUCACCAAGAUAAUCCAUAUCUGUUGCGGAUAUCCAGACCGUCUGGACCAGACAGACUAUUUGAAAGCUGAUAGGUCAUCCUAUUUGACACUUGCAGGACAUCUUGACGAAGCUGUCUUUGAUGCAGUUUCAAUUGAAGAUGCCCAUUGCCACAAUGACUUGUCGUUUCUCAAGAUGUUUACCAAGACAAGCGUGAUACUGGGUUGUGUUGCUAUUGCAAAGAGUCAAGUUGAAAGUGUCGCAGAAAUCCAGGAACGGAUUUGUGAAGCUUUGAAGUACAUACCGGCUGAACGGUUACAGAUUGCACCGGACUGUGGACUUGGGUAUCUUCCGCAUGACAUCCUGGUACAAAAAUUAACAAAUAUGGUUACAGCUGCUAAAUUGGUCAAUAUAUAAUUAAACUUGGUCAUUUUUUGUUUGUACUAAUAUUAAAAUGAAAGAAAUUUUAAUUAAUUAUUAUUAAAACAAAAUGUUAUUUCCGUAAUAAAAGAAGAAUGAUUGA